AUGAAUAAGGACAGGGAACCAACUGUCCGCUCGCAGUCGGACUUAUACGGGCGCAUUGCCCGCGCGUACGAGAACUUGCGGAAAUCGGGAUCCGCCAAUAUCACGAUCGGGCUGGCAGAAGCGAGACUCCAAGCCCUCGAGGCCAACUGGGCGAAGUUCGAGUUCCAGCACGACAAGCUCCUCGAACACUGGGAGGCCCUGUCGGACAGCCAGUAUGUAAAAACCGACAUGCCAACGUUAGCCGAGGAGGCGUACCUGACGCAGAAGGGCAUGUUCUUGGACACGCUUCGACGCCUCAGAGCCGCGGAGAGGACCGAGACUCCGACCAUCGGAACGUUCUCCGGUCUGUACGAGGAUUGGCCGUCGUUCCGCGACCUCUUUCACUCCCUCAUCGGGAAAGACGAAUCCACCGCCGACGUCGAGAAGCUCCACUAUCUGAAGUCGUGCCUGAAAGGAGAAGCAGAGCUUCUAGUUCGCAGUCUCCCCACAACAGGCGAAAAUUUCAACCGCGCGUGGAAGACCCUCACGGACUACUACGAGAACAAGCGCCUCCUGGUUCGGUCGUACAUAUCGAAGUUCACAGCCAUCCAAAGGCUGAAGAGUGAGUCAGCCUCAGACCUGCGCAGACUGUAUCACGGCGUAAUGAGCACCGUCGGCUCGCUCGAGAGCAUCGGCCGGCCGAUAACGCGCGGGGAGGAUCUUUUCGUGCACCUCGUCGUGGAUCUGCUGGACUCCCGGUCGCGUCGCGAAUGGGAGAACGCGAGUAGCAGCACGACAGAGCCGCCUUCGCACGCCGCGUUGCUGCAGUUUCUCGACCAUCGGCUGCAUACGCUCAAAUCAUUGCAGUCGGCCAAACCGGAAAUGAUCCCCGCGAAACCGAGUGCGAAUUCAGGGCGUCCGACACGAGUGCUUCACGCCCGGAAACCGGAGGGCAAGCGCGGUCGCUGUUCGAUGUGUCAAUAG